AUGGAGACGAAUGACUCCGGAUGGAUGACUACUGUCGCUUUGGCUUGUACAGUGAUCAUUACGGGUCUUAUAUAUCACAAGAGAAAAGCCAUGUUACUUCGGAGAUACGGACUUCACGGCCCAGCAGCAUUACCAGUUCUCGGAAAUAUGUUGGAACUUAUAAAGACGGGGACCACUGCUUUGGAAGAAAAGUGGCUCAAAGAAUAUGGCAACGUAUUUGUAUGGUAUUUUGGAUGUAUGCAGAGUAUCACAGUUAAAGACCAGGAUAUACUCAAAGCGGUCCUGAUCAAGGAUUUCUCUAAUUUCUGUAACAGAAAAAUGUUAGAUACGUCACCUUGUCCACUCGAUAAAGGUAUUUUCUUCCUGAGGGACACUGACUGGAAGCGGGUUCGAUCUAUCAUGAAUCCGACAUUUAGCUCCGCAAAGCUCCGAAUGAUGAGUGACGACAUAAAUAGAUGUGCUAGACACCUGGCAGAAAACUUAAUGCGUUGUACCGAAAAAGACGAAAGUAUCGCCAUAAAAGACUAUUACGGAGCGUUUACAAUAGAUGUCAUUUCAAUGACUGCCUUUGGACUGGAUGUGGAUUCUCAGAAAAAUUCCGACAAUAAACUAAUUAGCCAUAUGAGAAAGAUAUUCAAUAACGCGUCAGUUCCUAUUCCUGUGUUUUUAAGUGCCAUAUUUGGAGAUUGGAUGAUAAACCUACUAAAGUAUUUAAAGAUAUGUUUCUACCCACGUGACUCUAUGGAAUUCUUUAACAGAGAGGUACGGAUGAUGAUAGAGGAGCGGAGAAGAAACCCCUCAGACCGAACAGACUUUUUACAACUGAUGUUAAAUGCGUCAUUGGAGACAUCGGAUGCGAAUGCCAAUGAAAAGGCUGAAAGAAAAGUUCUCACGACAGAUGAAGUCAUUGGACAGUCGUUUCUGUUAUUCCUCGCGGGAUAUGAGACAACAGCUAGUCUGCUUAGUUUCAGCGCCUACGAGAUGAUGUGCAAUCCGGAAGUACAGGACAAGAUAUAUGAGGAGAUCGUCGAGCAAUUAGGAGACGAGGAGCCUACGUAUGAAAACAUUGGUAAACUGAAAUACAUGGAACUUGUUUUAUAUGAAACACUUCGUCUGUAUCCUGCUCUGGCAAGAAUAAAUCGUGAGGCUGGUAAGACUAUUGAAAUAAACGGUGUGACUAUUCCACAGGGAUCAGCUGUAACUAUCCCAAUCAGAGCUCUACAUCAGGAUCCAGAGAUAUACCCAGAACCCACACUCUUCAAACCAGAAAGGUUUGUUGACUUUAAGCCGAACCAGAAUAUCAUCAAUUUUCUGCCAUUCGGACAUGGUCCUAGAAUGUGUAUUGGGAUGCGCCUUGCCUUGAUGGAAGCAAAGAUAGCUGUGACACAUGUUCUCCGGAAAGUUAAGUUUGUGCAGUCCAUCGACACUGAGAUUCCGAUUGUUCUAAAGGAUAUUGGACUUACGGUACCUAAAAAUCCCAUCCGGCUAAAGGUUAAACAACGGACAUCAUGGGAACACUGA